AUGAAUAUCUUUACAAACAAUAACAUUUAAUGGAAUUUAAAUGCAAAUUAAAAUAAUAACUAGAACCUUUUUCUCACUACUAUGACAGAGAGCUAUAUUAUUUCAAGUAAAGGUAAAGGACAAGAGGAGUAUAUGUAAUCAGAAGAAGCAAUGUGUGUCUCUGAGCUUAAAAAAAAACGUAUGUAAGAGCAAUAAAAAUCAAAGCGCAAAGCACUAAUAUAAAACUUGAGGAAAAAGGCCUACGAGGAAGAUCAUUCUACUUAUCAAGGAAUGGAAUAAUCAUAACAAUAAGUUAAUUCAUAAAUGGUAUUUUCAUAAAAUAAUUAGUAAAUUGCUGAAUAACAAUUAAUUUCAUUGGAUGAUAUAUCUAAUGUUGCAAAUAGUGGGUACUCCGCAAGCAAUCCAGAAGACCCAAGCUAAUCACUCGCUAAUGAUUUUAACUUUGUAAUGACUUAAAAUGGAAUGAUAAGUGAUGUAAUUAUAAACAAUAACUCAAAUCAUAAUUCUGGUAAAUUUGAAGAGGGUGAAGGCGGGAUGAUAUUUAACCAAAAUAAAACAACAUGCUCUCCUUAAGAUAUUAUAUAGUUGAUACAGAUUGUCUACAAAGGGGAGAUUAAAUUAUCUUAUAAAGAGUCAAGAUUGCUUAAAUAAGAAUUAAAUUUGCUUCGUAAAAAUUUGGCGAGCAUAAAUAAUGGAAUGAAUAAUAGCGACUACAGCAAUAAUCAAAUGUGCUCAUCAAAUAUUAAUAUUAUGGAGUAUGGAGAUGAAAUUUAGAACAUUUAGCAAAAUUAAUAAAAUGAAAUAUAAAAGAAAAAAAUAAAAGAAGCAGAACUCUUUAAUAACGACAUUGAAAAGAUGAUUUAAGUUUUCUAAGGGAUGAUUUAUAUUGUUUAAAAUAAAGAGAAAUUCAGUAUGGAUGUAGUGUAUGAAUGCAUAUGGACUCUUUCAAAUUAUUCUUCUACUGAAGAGAUGCGUAAUGAGAUACUAUUAAUUUACGAAAAUAAUGCAGAAGUCCUCUUAAAUUUUGUUAAUCACUGUGUUCGUAUGGUAGAUCAAUAGCAAGCUAGUAUCCUUCUUACAAAAGUUAUAUUAAUCAUUGGAAAUAUUUCUUUGGAGUCUUACGAGUUUUGCUAAAGAAUUUUAAUGUAUUAAUAAAACUAGCUCCUGACUAAUAUUCAGAACACUAUAUUAUAUCUCCCAAACAGCCAAUUAGUUGCCGAAACAAUGUGGCUUUUGAAUAUCUUUUAUAAAACAUAGAAGUUUUACUAUCAAAAUGAAAAUAUUUCAAAAAAUAUUGCUUUUCUUUUGAAUAGAUUUAAGUCUCAUCCAAGGGUUGUUUAAGAGCUUCUUUGGUAUCUCAUAACUCUAUCUUAAGAUGGUGAUAGCUAAUUUCAUAUGCUUUAUUUUGAUGAAAAUGUUAUAAUCCGUUUAUUAACAGUAUUAUUGAUAUCUACCCACAAUGGAAAUACAAUUGCUUGCCUAACUUUACUUUCUAAUGCUUUGGCAAUGUUACCAUAAGAAAGAACUGAAUUCAUUACAACCUUGGUUACUGAAAGUGUUAUACAAGUAAAUAAUUAAGUAAAUCUUGAUAUUGUAAUUAGUAAAUGUGUUUAAUAUAAUCCUAAUUAAAAGAAUGUGCUUUUCCUUGCACUCAAUAAAUGUAUCUAAACAAAUAUAAUUGAGAUAUAAAGAGAAACUUUUGUAUUUAUUUCUAAUCUAGUUGUUCUAUUUCCUCUUUACGUUGCUUAAUUGCCUGCACUAAUAAAUAUUUUGAUUUCAAUAUUUUAAAAUGGACAAGAAUAGCUAUUUGUGGAUCUAUGCUACAUAUUUUCAAAUUUAUUUAUUUAGCUUCCAUAAAGCAAUUUGCUUGCCUAAUAGCAUCCUCAAUUAAUUCCUCUUCUUUAGGCUAUACUUAGUAAUGAAAAUAUAUAGAAGCAAUAUUCAUAACAAAUUGGAUUCAUAUUUUAGCAUUUUGCAAAUUAUUUGCAAUCUACAAAAUUAUGA